AUGAUAAACUCACCCGUGGUAGAGCCCUCCGAGUUCAUUCAGAAGUUGAAGGGAGAAGUAGUACAUCAUGUUCCUACUAUGUCCGAGCUCGUGCCAUUCAACCAUUUGCCUAUCGAAGGAGAAAAUGAUACUUUUCACCCGAUAAGUGGUUCAGGUGCUAGUCUAAGAGGUUUGUUUGCACAACCACAUUUAUUAAAGCUCGCUAAUCAUGCAUCAACUUCUGAAAUGUCAUGUGGGGAACCCAAAUUAGGUGUUGCGGACAAAACCCUUCACAAAGUAAUCUCCGUUUUAGGAAACCAAAUAAAAAGUAUAAUCUUGAAGGCUUCAUUAGAAAGGCUUCCUUCAUUCAAAGAUGAGCUUGGCAAAUUGUUGACUACCCUUGACAAUAGCGAUCGUUUAGUUGCAGUUGACUCUUCAUUUUCUAUUGCCUUGGCUUUGCAACAAGCUGAAGAGACUCAUCAGUUUUUUGUACUUGAGUUUAUUCAAUCUGCCAAGAUGCGUAUAGAGGAGUUGAAGAAAGAACAAGAACAACUGGAGUUGAGACUGCAUCAACUAAAUGAAUCACUUUCAGAGAGUGAUGUACAACUUUCUUACCAUUGUCGUGACGUUACCCGCUUGAGAGAGGAUAAGAUUGCAGUUGAAGGAGCUCCUAUACUAUCUGUUGCAGAUGCCGAGACUUUAAAUACAUUACAAGUUUCUUUUGAGAGACUGCGUAAUGGCUUCAAGGACUUGUCUUGGGAAUAG